AUAGACAUUACCCAAAACACACGCUCGAAAAUAUCCAAACAUCGAUUCGUAAAGCAAACCAUAAAAAUCGCAUUCGACAGGAGGCAUAACAACUUAAUCAUGACCAGCUUCGUGGAAAAUGCAUUUUUUUGGCCAAUAUUGAACACCGACCACUUCCACCUUUCGCUGGCAUGGCCAGCCCGAAUCACCAACUAAUUAAGCCUUAAUUAACGCAAUAAAUGAAAAACAAAAGAUGUAAAUACAAACAAAAGGCAACGAAACCGCAGUGGAAGCCAGUAGAAAAACUACUAAAAUUAUUAAAUUGGUUGCAUGAAGGAGAAUCGAAUGGUGCCGAAACGAGACGCAGAAAACGGGGAAGUUUAAUAACAUUUUGAAUAAUGAAAGGCAAAGAGAAAAAUCGGUUGAAUGCAGCGCCAAAAAUGCGAAACGAAUGCACACUGCAGAUACGUAUCCACAUGCCACACGCGAAAAGCGGAAAUGUCUUUGGACCGAUGCCGCAUUUUGUUUUCCUUAAACUGGCGCUUUAAAUAAUUGAUGAUACCCUGUCGAAAUCUGGGAACAAGACCUUUCGGACACCUUUAAAAUUGAGGGCAGCGAUCAGGGCAUUCAAAAGGUGAACCUUAAGUGCGGAGCCAACUCCAUGAACGUAGUAUUGGAGACGGAAAAGCCGUUCACGGGUGUGAUGUACACUCGUGGCAGCUUCUACAAGCAGACGCCCCCGUGCUUCAUGAAACCCACUGUCAACCAGGGAUCACGUUCUUUGGAAAUGAACUUCCAGCUGGACCAAUGCCAGACCUUGAAGGAUGGGGACCUAUACACCAACAUAGUGGUGAUCCAAAACGAUCCCGAACUGAUCACGCCAGGAGACUCGGCCUUUUCGCUGGAGUGCGACUUCCGGCAACCCCGCAGCCUGGAUGUGGAGGCCAGCAUGCAGGCCAGGGACAGAGUGGCCACUGGCUCCAAAAUCACACUCACUAGUCCCGAUCCCGCGGCACCCACGGAACAUCUACACAAUUCGGUGGUUAGCAACAGCGAUUCGGUCGAAUACAUACCAAAGUUCAGCAGGCCAAAUAAGACCAUACACCUGGGCUCUGUCGAGGAGGUGGAACUGCCAUCCUCCGCUCAGGGUCGAGAUGAGCUAUAAAACUAUCCAAAACACUGCACCACAAAAAUUAGAAACUACACAACAAAAAUCACAACACUUGAAAAACACUUCCGAAUACAG